AUGGUGCAAGAAUUGACCAUGCACCGAAUCCUGCUCAUUGACGACGACGAACAACUGGGACCGCCGCUGACCACCUACUUCAAGCGGUUCGAACUGGAGCUUGUUCAUGCGCUGCGGCCCAGUGAAGGGCUUGCGCAGUUGGGGACAGGGGGCUUUGACGCAGCCAUCCUUGAUGUGAUGUUGCCCGAAAUGGAUGGGUUCGAGCUGUGCCGCACGAUCCGCAAGCAGGGAGACCUGCCCAUCGUGAUGCUGACGGCACGGGGUGACGUGAUGGAUCGGGUGGUGGGGCUGGAGUUGGGCGCGGACGACUAUCUGCCCAAGCCGUUCGAGCCGCGCGAACUGGUAGCCCGGUUGCAGACCGUGCUACGCCGCCGCCGAGCAGCCUUGCCAGCGCACGGCAUGAGUGGCACGCUGGAGUUCGAGGGUCUUUGUAUCGACCCGGCGCGACGCAGCGUGGUACGACACGGCGCUCUUGUGGAGUUGACCGGCACUGAGUUCGACCUACUGCACCUGCUCGCGCGCGAGGCGGGCAAGGUGUUCAGCCGUGACGACAUCCUCAACCAGUUGCGGGGUCACGAGGCCGAGCUUUACACACGUGCGGUGGAUAUCGUGGUCAGCCGCCUGCGCAAGAAGCUGGAGCCGUUGGAUUGCAUCAAGACACUUCGCAAUGCGGGGUACUCGCUGGCAUUGCGCAGGGCCGCGGUGGGCCAGGGGGAAAGACCUUUUCUCCAAGCACCAAAUGAAGCCACCGCGAAGGUGUCUCAGCCAUGA